AUGCCUGAGGAACACGGCGGCUAUAGCGAGGCACAAGUGGCGUCUCUUGUCGCCUCUCAAAACAUGCCGGCCUGGGACGCCUUCGUCAACUGGCUACUGAUGGAACUGGCCCCAAGCGAGGCCUCACGAGCGGUGAUUGCAUGUGCGCUGCGGCAGCUGCAUGAGGCGGCACGCGUCAACCUCACAUUUGCCAUCCAGGCGGGAAACGCAUUGCUGGCGGCUGCUACGCACCGUAGUGCGGUGUGGAGUACUGUGCUUUUUGAUAUUCGUGGCGCCGUGGCGAAUUGGUGCGUGCAGGCGGGCGAUGAAGAGCAGGCGCAGGAACUCUGGCGCCUCAUGCUCCCUGCGGAUGACGACAUGGAGUCGCUCAGGCUCCUGACAAAUAUUUUAAAUAGUGCCCUGCGUACCCGUAGCUUUGCCGCGGCGGAGACGGACUGUCUGCGCGGGCUGGCCUCAUACAAGGCCUUGGCAGCGCGACAGGAAGCGAAUGACGUGGUGAACAGUUUCUUGCAGGCCUUUGCCGCACUACUGGCGGGGCGGCACCGGUUUGCGGAGGCGUCCCAGCGCUUUCAUGAGUUGUACGUGCGAACCAAAACCCUGGCGCACCUUCGUGCGGCCGUCGUGUGCGCCAUUCAGGCCGACGCAAGUGCGACCCGCUCGCGCCUGCUAGGCAUCUUUUACAAGGAUGAGAAUGCGGCGCUCCUCGGGGGGCUGCACGGCCUCCUCCACCGCGCCCACCACGCUCAGCUGCUGCGUCCCGACGACCUUCGGCGGUUCCUUCCGUACGUGGAGGCCCCCAGCGACACCGCCGCCGUCGAGCGCGCCUUUAUUCAGCACAACCUGCAGGCCAUUUCUCGGGUCUACUACAAUAUUGGUUUUGCAGAACUCGGGGCCCUUCUUGGCACCACCGGCUGCGAGGCAGAACGGCUUGUGGCGCGAAUGGUGUCGGAGCGGCGGCUGGAUGCAACCCUAGACCAGACGACAGAGACGGUCCUUUUCUGUCGCCACGACAACACAGCUGCGCUGGAGGUGAGGGACGCGCGAAUUGCCUUUGCGUGUGAGGAGCUUGCGCGUGCAACCGACCUCAUUGUCAGUCGUCAUGACGAGUUCCGCGAGUAUCUCUUAUUUAAUUGA